AUGGAAUCAAGCAACUCGAAUAAAGAGAAUUACGAUCCCGUCAGAAGAAUUUUUUCAAAUUCCGGUGAAGAUGGAUAUUUACGUCAAAGGGUGAUUAAAAAUACUUUAAAUCCUUCACGAAAACGUGGUCGAAAUCCGUUAUCUGAAAUUUGCACAAACAUUUUAGAUGAAACUCUAGAAAUCGAAACCGAAACUAUUCAAGAACAAAUUACUUAUCAACAAGAAGUCAAUGCUACAACGACAACAAGGAAAAAAAGAAAAAGGAAGGUCACUAAAGGCCACAAGCAACGAUCUGGACGAAUGUAUAUCUAG